GCCUCUCCUCCUCGGUCUCCCCUGCCGCCUCCUCGAAUUUAGAAUUUAUCUCUUGCUCUUCUUGUUCGCGAAGCUAGUUCGCUAUUCUCUGGUUAGUAGCUUAGUGCGCAGCGGCUGGGGUCUGUCCGCGACAUUAGGGAAAGUUUGGUCCUGGUGUUGGCGCUACUUGGUGUUGCGGUAGACAGACUUUUGAUGGGAAGAUGAAUGGUGUGGAAGAGCAGCAGCCGUCUCAGGUCAGCAGCAUGUCCAAGAUGCAAGACAGUGUUACCAAGUCAAGUUUGGGGAAAGAAGCCAUUCCAGGGAGUGAGCUCUGGACCAAUGGGCUCAUCUGCGCCUUUGAGCUCAUCAAGGAUCACAGGAAACCGGCACGGCACAAAUCAUGGCCAGCAAUUGAGCAGAUGCAGGAGAAAGGUUCCCCCAUGUACACGAGGAAGCACACAAGAAGGAAUGGGCACCAGGUAGUAGCACCAAAAUUGGAUGAGAGCAAUGUGUUGGAGAACCCCCAUCAGGCUGAAUUCAGUCAUGAUACUUCUGUGCUCAAAGAUAGGCCAGCGUACACUGGGGAAGUUCUGGAUCACAAAUGGGUGCCAAUUGGAUGGAGUAGGAUCGCAGAGCUUGUCCAGAGGGUUCAGUCAGACUCCAGUUGGGAGAAUGAGCAAAUAGAGAUAAGCGAUAGCGAGGAUGAUUACACAGUAGCUGAUGUUGCGGCUCCAUACUGGCAGCGUCCGGUGGGGCCUACUUGGUGGUGCCAUGUCACUGCAGGCCAUCCCUCGAUCGACACAUGGUUGAAUAGUGCUCACUGGAUGCAUCCUGCCAUCAGAACUGCACUGAGAGAUGAGAGCAGACUGAUAAGUGAUCGGAUGAAGUACCUUCUGUAUGAGGUCCCAGUUAGAGUUGCAGGAGGACUGUUAUUUGAGCUUCUUGGUCAGUCAGUCGGAGAUCCAUAUCAUGAAGAGGAAGACAUACCCAUUGUGCUUCGGUCUUGGCAAACACAAAAUUUUCUUGUAACUGCAAUGCAUGUCAAAGGCCCUUCAUCCAAUAUAAAUGUGUUAGGAGUGACGGAAGUGCAGGAGUUGCUUCUUGCUGGUGGAAGUCAAACACCUAGAUCUGUCCACGAAGUAAUUGCACAUUUGGUCAGCCGUCUUUCACGAUGGGAUGACAGAUUAUUCCGAAAAUAUGUCUUUGGGGAAGCGGAUGAAAUUGAAUUGAAAUUUGUGAAUAGGAGAAAUCAUGAAGAUCUGAAUCUAUUCAGUAUCAUAUUGAAUCAGGAAAUCAGAAGGUUAGCAACACAGGUGAUCAGGGUUAAAUGGUCACUUCAUGCAAGGGAAGAGAUUGUUCUUGAGCUUCUCCGACAUUUAAGGGGUAAUGCCACAAGAGCUAUUUUAGAGAGUAUUAGAAAAUGUACAAGGAACAUGUUGGAAGAGCAGGAAGCUGUCCGUGGUCGUUUGUUUACUAUUCAGGAUGUUAUGCAAAGCACUGUCCGCGCAUGGCUACAGGAUAGAAGCCUUCGUGUUACGCACAAUUUGGCUAUUUUUGGAGGUGGCGGCAUGGUUUUAUCCAUAAUCACUGGACUUUUUGGAAUCAACGUCGAUGGCAUACCAGGAGCGCAGAAUACUCCCUAUGCUUUUGGUUUGUUUGCGGGACUUCUCUUCUUUCUUGGGAUCAUCCUUAUCGGUGUGGGGAUGCUGUAUCUUGGGUUACAAAAUCCAGUUAACAGUGAGAAGGUAAAGGUGAGAAAGCUGGAGCUCCAGCAGCUGGUCUCAAUGUUCCAGCAUGAAGCAGAACAACACGGCAAGGUCAGGGAAGGCCUUAGCCGGAAUGGUUUGUCACCAGGUUCAUCUGCAGCCUCCGAUGAAGGCUACAUUCUUAUUUCCUGAGAUGAAGCAUUUUGGUAAGGUGCAGAACGGUGUUUGGAAUUCCGGAAUAGAAGUUUGGAAGGGUAGAGGUGAUAUACUUACACGUGCUUUCUAAUGGUUGUAAUCGAGGAAUUUGUUAUCAAAAUGCUCGAUAUAAUUCUGACAACAGGCUGUCGCCCAUUUGUGGCUGAA